AGCGGUAGAAAAGGAGGAGAAAAUAAAUUAAAAGAAAAGAGGAAAAAAAAACCCAGCAGCAACAGCCACCGCGCGAACCCAAAGCCCGCGGCAAGCUCGCUCCUCCCGCCUCACGACGCCGCCUCCCGCCUCCGCGCGCUCCGGCCGGCCACCGCGCUUGUGAGGGGGAUCUACUUGUAGGGCGAGGGAGUGGCGGUGCUUUUCUCCUCUGCGGCGGCGGCUUCCCGCGCGGGCGCCGCUGGUGAGUGAGGUGAGAUCUCGGCCGGCCGGGGCCGGGGCGGAGUUGCUAGCGCGCGCUCUCUCUCUCGGUCGUCGCCGACGCCUGAAUUCCGCGGGCCUGGAGUGGCGCGGGGACGGAUCUGCGGGGAGGGGGAUGGGGUGACCGGAUCGGGACGCGCCUCGGUUUGAUUUCCCCUCCCUCUCUCUCCCCCCUCCAUCCGGCUGAAUUCUCUGCGUCUCGUCGGUUCGAAGGCGUGCCGGAGAUGGCGAGUUCCGGCGCUGCUGCUGCCGGCGGCGGCACAGGGAACUCUUGCGAUGCGUUGUACAGGGAGCUAUGGCAUGCUUGUGCUGGACCCUUGGUCACAGUGCCUCGCCGAGGCGAAUUGGUCUACUACUUCCCCCAGGGUCAUAUGGAACAGCUUGAGGCGUCUACAGACCAACAGCUUGACCAGCACCUGCCUAUGUUUAACCUGCCAUCUAAGAUCCUUUGCAAAGUGGUCAAUGUAGAACUUAGGGCUGAAACUGAUUCUGAUGAGGUUUAUGCUCAGAUUAUGCUGCAUCCAGAAUCAGAUCAAAAUGAACCCACCAAGCCACAACCGGAUCCGCAUGAACCUGAAAAAUGCAAUGUCCACUCCUUCUGCAAGACUUUGACUGCUUCAGAUACAAGCACCCAUGGUGGAUUUUCAGUUCUUAGGAGGCAUGCAGAAGAAUGUCUUCCACCACUGGAUAUGACUCAGAAUCCACCAUGGCAAGAGCUUGUGGCUAGAGAUCUCCAUGGCAACGAGUGGCAUUUCCGUCACAUCUUUCGAGGACAACCUAGGAGGCAUCUACUUACAACUGGUUGGAGUGUUUUUGUUAGCUCAAAAAGAUUAGUUGCUGGUGAUGCAUUCAUCUUUCUGAGAGGUGAGAAUGGGGAGCUACGAGUUGGUGUCAGGAGGCUCAUGAGGCAACUAAACAACAUGCCGUCAUCAGUGAUAUCAAGUCACAGUAUGCAUCUUGGAGUCCUAGCAACUGCAUCACAUGCUAUAUCCACAGGAACUCUCUUUUCUGUUUUCUACAAACCAAGAACAAGUCAAUCGGAGUUUGUCGUGAGUUUAAACAAAUACCUUGAAGCUAAGAACAGCAAGAUAUCUGUUGGAAUGAGGUUUAAGAUGAGAUUUGAGGGUGAUGAAGCUCCUGAAAGAAGGUUUAGUGGGACAAUUAUUGGUGUUGGGAGCAUGCCAACAUCUCCAUGGGCAAAUUCUGACUGGAGAUCUUUGAAGGUCCAAUGGGAUGAGCCUUCUGUGGUUCCUCGUCCAGAUAGAGUCUCACCAUGGGAACUGGAGCCACUUGCUGUGAGUAAUACACAGCCACUGCCUCAGCCUCCUGCAAGAAAUAAGCGGGCUCGGCCUCCUGCUUCGAAUUCAAUUGCUCCAGAGCUCCCUCCGGUCUUCGGUUUGUGGAAAUCUCCAGCUGAGUCCACACAAGGUUUCUCAUUUUCCGGACUACAGCGAACACAUGAACUAUAUCCUUCGAGCCCCAAUUCAAUCUUCUCAACAUCAUUAAAUGUUGGAUUCAGUACAAAGAAUGAAUCAUCUGCUCUAACCAACAAGCAUUUUUACUGGCCAAUGAGAGAGACAAGAGCUGACUCUUACUCUGUUAGCAUCAACAAAGUUCCGUCUGAAAAGAAGCGAGAACCUAGUUCGGCUGGCUGCAGAUUGUUUGGAAUUGAGAUAGGCUCUGCUGUGGAAGCUACAUCUCCAGUGCCUGCUGUUUCUGGUGUUGGUCAAGACCAACCAGCUGCCUCAGUAGAUGCUGAGUCUGAUCAGCUCUCGCAACCAUCACAUGCCAACAAAUCUGAUGCUCCAGCAGCAAGCAGUGAGCCAUCUCCUCAUGAGACUCAGAGUCGGCCAGUGAGGAGCUGCACCAAGGUAAUCAUGCAAGGAAUGGCAGUUGGAAGGGCAGUGGACCUGACAAGGCUCCAUGGAUAUGACGAUCUUCGCUGCAAGUUAGAAGAGAUGUUUGAUAUCCAAGGAGAGCUCGCUGCCAGCCUAAAAAAAUGGAAGGUUGUUUACACAGAUGAUGAGGAUGAUAUGAUGCUGGUUGGGGAUGACCCUUGGCCUGAAUUUUGCAGUAUGGUGAAAAGGAUAUACAUCUACACCUACGAGGAAGCUAAGCAACUUAUUCCCAAGUCCAAGCUCCCGAUCAUUGGAGACGCCAAGCAAAACCCAAACAAACAAUCGCCCGAGUCUGACAUGCCUCACAGUGACCUGGACAGCACUACCCCGGUUACUGAUAAGGAUUGCUGAAUGCUAACCUGGCCCAAUAUUUCCCGUAAUUUUUUUUCCGUCUGGGAUGUUGAUCAUGGGGGGUUCGUGGCCCAUGAUCCUUGGGACUACUAAGAGUUAUCUGUUGGUUGGUUCGUGGGCCCGAAGGACACCGUCUGCAUCUACCAUGGUUCAUGCAUCAUGCAUAGCUGCCUUUGGACCAGUGUGGAUCCCAUGCCAGCAAGGAUGGCUGGGAGGCAGCAUUUCCAUCACCUGGCAUUCCCUGCGUGAUUGGCCCAUCCAUGUUUAAUUCUGCUGUGUUGUGGUAGGAACGAUGGCAUCCUUUGUCCAGUGCUCAGUUUUGGAAAAAGAAAAAAAAUGGUGACCGGUGGACCUGCAAGAGGGGGGCCCGGCCUCAGCCGUCUCUCACUGCCCCAGUAAAUAGAGAGCAUCAGCAUUCAUGUUCCUUCCUGCACUGCAUGGAGCAUCCAUCCGUAGCUAGAGCUUAGUUUCCCCCCGCCCUGCAUCCUGUUCGCAGCCUCGGCGCCGCUCGAGCUGUUUGUUUUUAACCCCAGCGGCAUUCCUUUUUCUUCCUGGGUGGUGUUUUGCUUUCGGAAGUUGGGAGUAUAUCUGCUAAGUUUUUUUUUUUUGACAUGUGCUUUUCCUCAAUGUAUCUGUGCUUUUUCCUCCUCUUGGAAGCCAUCCUUCUACGGUGAUAUCUGUACUUACCUGCAUGUACAUAGGAAUGGGAAUGGACUGGUCUGGACUGAACUGAUAUGCCUCUCCUCAUCAUUGUUAUGCUGUUCUUUAUAGUGGA